GGCACUCACUAACCACACACCAGAGAGCACUGUCAGAGAGAUAUAGACAGACAGAGAGAGAGAGAAAGAGAGAAAAAGAGAGGGKGAGAGAGAGAGCAAGAGAGAUUUCUGCCUAGAACUUUGAGGCUACACUGAUUGAUGGAAUGGGCGUUGAAUGAACAUAGAUAUUGAAUGAUCAGGAGCAAUUCAAUAACCUUGGAAAGGAAGAGUCUGAUUUGACUUUAUGCUUCAGAAGAAGUUGGACAAACAGACAAAGGAAGUCCAUCAAACCAUGGGCGAUGUAUCACUCCACCAGGAGGAUUCUGGGAACGAUGCAACAGCCAACCAGAUAGAGGACAACAACAACAAUCAGACAGAGAGAGAAGCUCCAGUCCAGGAGUGUGGCCCCCCGAAGAGAGAGCACCUGACGGAGGACAUAGUGGAAGGUCAUAGGGUCAAGUCAGGGGCUAAUAGGGCGAAAACUCCAGAACAGGCAACAGGGGCUAGCAUUGAAAACAUAGAGGAGUCUCAGCCAGUAACUGACACCAAUGAGGUUAAUGGUGAAGAGGCUUGUAAGGGUGAGGAAGGGCCGUGUCAUGGUGCAGACACCGGAGAAACAGAAGACCACAAAUUGGUGAACGGAGAGGGGGAGAGAGAGAUGGAGGAGCACAAGAAUAGAAAGGGGCAAGAGGUGGUCAAGAAAGGAGAGAUUGAGAAAAAGAAAGAGGAGCUGAAAGAGGACAAAGAGAAGGGGGGAGAAAAUAAUGCCAGGAAAGAGGGGAAGGGGGGAAAAAUAGAAAAGAGAAAAGGAGAUGAAGAGAAUAGGAAAGACAGAAAAAUAAAGGCAGGGAAGGGAGAGGCAGGGAAGGAAGUGGCAGGGAAAGGAGAUGCAGGGAAGGGAGAGGAAGGGAAGGGYGAGGGAGGAGAGGCAGAGGAAGGGAAGGCACCAGACAACAAGAGCAAAGCAGUAAAAGAAAAGGAAGGGGCAGGAGGAGGAAAGGUUAAAGAGAAAAGCAAGGAGGUGGAGAAGCAAGGGAAGACCAAAAGAAAGAGUGGCUUGAAUCCCACCGCCUCUACCCCAUCCUCUGCAGCCCCCUCUGUGGUCCGACCCCGGAACUCUGCCCGCUCUGCCAGGAUGUCCAGAAAAAAUGACAUCAUAGCAAAGUUCCAGCAAAAUGCACCUGAGACACCGGUUGUCCCCAACUUCAAACUUCAGAGAUCAUCUAUGGCUGUGGCAAGUGGGGCAUCAAUCAAACAGAAAGUGCUUUCAUGGUGUGCCAACAAAACACGCAACUAUGAGGGUGUUUCCYUAGAGAACUUCUCAUCUUCAUGGUGUGAUGGGCUGGCGUUCUGUGCACUCAUCCAUCGCUUCUUCCCAGAUGCUUUUGACUUCUCAGCCCUGAACGCAUCUGAGAYAGAGAAGAACUUCACCCUGGCCUUCAACACAGCAGAGACCAUGGCUGACUGCUACCCCCUGUUGGAGGUUGGUGAUAUGCUCCUGAUGGGGAACAGACCAGAUCCUAUGUGUGUGUUCACCUAUGUCCAGGCRCUCUGUCAUCACCUCUCCAAAAUAGAGAAGGAGAAGAAGGACAAGGAAGAAAAGGAGAAGAAGGACACAGCAGAGGAAAAGAAGAGUGAAAAGAUGACCGACGGAGAGGUAGAAACCACUACAGAGAAGAAAGAGGAYGAGAGUAUGGGYGGGGAGAACAAAGGAAAAGAUGGGAAAGAGAACGAAACCGAGGAGAGCUCAGCGGUGGAGGGAGAGAAAGAGAAAGAGAGAGAGGAGUUGAGAAGAGAAGUUGAAGUUGAAGCGCAGGCUUAAGCUAAUGCUAAAGAUACAUUGAAAAGACCAAAAGGAGAGAGAUUCAGAGAGAUUAAGAAAGACUUAAGCUACAUCAUGAAGUAGAGUCUUACAGUGUUCAACACGAGUGUGUGUGUAGCGUAUAUGAGCAUCAUUUCUUAAAGAGUGACACAUUACUACUGUGUAUUGAAAAGCUGGCUUUGUGAAGGUUUGGAAUUAUGCUCAGAUUCCAACAAUGUGUGUCAAUUGUAACCUGUUGUGAUAUUUUAAACAUUAUUUAACAUGCUGUGUUUUGGAACUUUGUGCAGAGGAACAUUAAACGUCAAUGUGUAUUAUAA